AUGGCCGGACUCAUUGAUUUAGCACGCCGCAACUGGCAGAUAUUCAACCCUUCUGAGCUUCCCAAAGUAGAGAAGCCACUCAUGUUCGGCAUUUUGGGCGCCGCAGAUAUUGCUCCGAUGGCACUCAUCUCGCCUGCAAAAACACAUCCCGAUGUGAAAAUCUUGGCUGUGGCGGCCCGAAACUACGACAAGGCGAAGGCGUACGCGCAGAAGCAUGGAAUUCCGGAAGUGAAGGCUAGCUACCAAGAUAUCAUCAAUGAUACGCAAAUCGAUUGUGUCUACAUCCCGCUGCCGAAUGGCUUACAUUACGAGUGGGCUAUCCGAGCCCUCCAAACAGGAAAGCACGUGCUUUUGGAGAAGCCGUCUGUUAAUAACACGUCGGAAGCCGAGAUGCUUUUCAGAAACCCAGUUCUAUCAGGCUCGCAGCCUCCCGUUCUCCUAGAGGCUGCGCACUACCUAUUCCAUCCGGCGUGGACACAGUUCAUGACAUACAUCUCGCCCCAGGAUGUUGCUAGCGCCAAAGCUGUUCUUUGGGUUCCAAGAUGGCAAUUUGCCGCAGAUAACAUUCGAUACCGCUACGACCUAGGCGGUGGCGCCCUGAUGGACCUUGGCGCAUAUACCGCGAGUGCACUUUUCCGAAUCUUUGGUAACGUCGCUGAGGCAUGUGAGGAGUGUGAUGUACAAGCAAGCUCUAUUGAUGCAAAUUGUGACCGAUCAUUCAAAGCUAGGUAUCGCUUCCCAGGCGGAGGCCAUGGUGAGAUGGAGGGAGACCUAAAAGCGUCCCUAGAUAGGUGGUCGCCAAAUAUUCACGUCACACAUCGCCCAGUUGUGAUAUCAGCCAAAGAGGCCGGAGUCAGCCUGACGGAGGCGCAGGAAGCAGUGCGUGUCCGCAAAAUCAAAUUCACAACCUUUGUUCAACCUGCAUUCUUACAUGCGAUUGAGAUCGACGAUGAAUUCACGAUCCACGCUGUUGCAGACAAGAAAAGCGUCAUAAAACGGUGGAAAAAGCAUCAGACAGUCAAAUGUUACUCGUUCCACGAAGCUGGUAUUGAGCAGAUUGGGGAGCCUCAUUGGCCUACUUACCGGUAUCAGCUUGAGCAGUUCGUCAACAAGGUUCGAGGUCGUGAGACACCGCAAUGGGUCGACCACGAAGCGAGCAUCAACACACUUCGGAUGAUUGACAUGGCGUACACUGCCGCAAAUCUUCCUUUACGGCCCACCAGCAAAUAG